GCUCGGUGGGACGUUCUUCAGCGGCCAGUCAGGCCUUUAUAAACCUGGCGUACCUCAACCAAAGAAUAUCUUCUGCUUCGUCCUCCUCCUCGACUUGGAAGAAUAACAUAUAUAGCAACAAUGCUGCCUCUAGCCGUGUUGGUCGUGUGCCUUAGCGCAGCCUUCUCUGCCCCCAGCCUGGACCGUCAGAUGGAUGACCACUGGGACCUGUGGAAGAGCUGGCACAGUAGGAAUUAUCAUGAGAAGGAGGAGGGCUGGAGGAGAAUGGUGUGGGAGAAGAACCUGAGGAAGAUUGAGAUGCACAACCUGGAGCACUCCAUGGGUGCUCACACUUACCGCCUGGGCAUGAACCAUUUUGGAGACAUGACUCACGAGGAGUUCAGGCAGAUCAUGAACGGCUACAAGCACAAAGCAGAGAGGAAGGUCAGGGGAUCCCUGUUCAUGGAGCCCAACUUUCUGGAGGCCCCACGUUCUGUGGACUGGAGGGAUAAUGGUUACGUUACUCCCGUGAAGGACCAGGGUCACUGUGGCUCUUGCUGGGCCUUCAGCGCCACCGGCGCUCUGGAGGGUCAGGUCUUCAGGAAGACCGGCAAACUGGUGUCUCUGAGCGAGCAGAACCUGGUGGAGUGCUCCAGACCCGAGGGCAAUGAGGGCUGCAACGGCGGUCUGAUGGACCAGGCCUUCCAGUACGUCAAGGACAACCAGGGCCUGGACUCUGAGGAGUCCUACCCAUACCUGGGAACGGACGACAAGCCGUGUCACUACGACCCCAUGUACAACUCCGCUAACGACACCGGGUUCGUCGACGUGCCCAGCGGUAAGGAGCACGCUCUGAUGAAGGCCGUAGCCUCCGUGGGACCCGUUUCAGUCGCCAUCGACGCCGGCCACGAGUCUUUCCAGUUUUACCAAUCGGGUAUCUACUAUGAGGAGGACUGCAGCAGCGAGGAGCUGGACCACGGUGUGCUGGCCGUGGGUUAUGGCUUCGAGGGAGAAGAUGUGGACGGCAAGAAAUACUGGAUUGUGAAGAACAGCUGGGGUGAAAACUGGGGAGACAAAGGCUACAUCUACAUGGCUAGAGACAGGAAGAACCACUGUGGAAUUGCGACAGCAGCCAGUUAUCCUCUCGUUUAAUGUUUGCACAGCUCCACUUUCUAGCUCCAUAGUGCGCAUUUUUUUUGUAAUAACUUGGCUGAUUGUGACUGAUGAGG